AAUUGGGGGAAGGAGGCAGAAGCCCUGGGUAAUUUACCACAUUGGCAGGAAUGAGAAUUAUCCCCGGCCCCGCUCUUGUUUGUCUUCACAGGAAGUCUCAGCAUGAAACAGCAGCACUGGUGUGGCAUGACCGCCAAAAUGGGCUCCCUGUUGUCAGGGGUCUUUACCAUCACCUCCGUGGACUUGUACCUCAUCUUUGAACAGAAGUACCUAAGGAGAAACAAUUGCACUGAGCAGAUGUCACAGAUCAAGAGCACAAGUAUCCUGAUAAAACUGUUCAUCAUCUGCUGGAGCCUGACUAUCGUUGUCUUCCUAUCUUUCAUCACCAUCCUCAUCAGCUGCUUGCUGCUAUACUCAGUGUACACCCACAUGCACAGGGGCCUGGUAAUCUACGUCGUUUGGAUCCUUUUCUACGAAACUGUAAACAUUGUGGUACAAUGCCUUACCAAUGACGGUUCUUCCAUGGCGGAGGUCAGAAUCAUGCGCUGGUUUGGUCUGGUGUCCCGUAUAUGCAUGCACUGUUUCUGGAUGUUCUUUGUCAUCACUUACGCCUACAUGAUCUACAAAAAUAAAAGCCAGGGCAAUAUCAUCUCCUACAACAGACGUGUUUCUACCAGCAGUGGAGACUUCCUGCCGCGGAAAUCCAAGAUAAUCAACUUUUCCCGCCGCUACAGUGAGUAACAUGGCCCUGUUCCACAAUAGGUUCUCAUGGUAGUUCAUUUUCCGUCUCAUUCACUUUUCAGCAAGCAGAGACUCUACUGCCACCCUUUUCGGGGAGAUACAGUGAGAAAAGGGAUUACCAUCACAACUGGAACGCCUUGCUUGUAGAGGAUGUUUAAUUAGAGGACGUUGUUAUUUAUCAAGCUCUCCUUGACUUCCUCUUUCCUUUUCUUGUCAGUACCGCCUUAUUGGUCAAAAUGAAGAGAAGCAGGGAUGAAAUGAAGCUGAAUUGCAGUCUGGCAAUCGUUUCAUCUUAGUGUGUCUUCAUCAGCCUUCAACUCACAGGUCUCUGAUGUAACCCUAGAAUAGGUAAACCUGUAUUUAUAUCCCAGAUUGUUGUAGCAAAAAAUAUAUCACUGGGGUCUUGAGGUGGUUUUCUGCUGCUUUUUCUCCCUGUGUCGUCUAUACUGUAUUCCAGAUAAGUAAAAGAAUAAAAACAGAGACAAA